GUCAAAGUUGCCUGGAAAGUGACUGGAAGGACUGGAAGUUUAACCCCUUGAGUUUGCAAAAUUACAGGAAAAAGGGGAUUUAUUCAAUUUUAGGAGCAUGAAAUCCGUGGUUAAGUGAAUAGUUAGUGUUCUGUGACCUCUAGGUGUGCUAAGUGUGUGAAUAUUGGGAGGAUCAGUGGAUAAUUGGGGGUGAAAAUGGGUGAUUUCAUCGACAGUUUACUCAAUGAAAUGUCAUCGACAUUCAACUAUCAUCAGGAGGAAGUUAAAAUAGAUUUAAAUGGGGACAGGACGCUCAAAUGGAGGAGUCUGCAUCACAAUCAGUAUGCCUCGAAUAAGAAGAAGGUGGUAAAGAGGGGAAAGGAUGACGAUGGGGCUUCAUAUCAGCCUGUCAAAUUGUACCGGAAUCCCAUGUCCGGGAACCCUACAGGGCUGAAGAAGCUCCGUAGGGCACGUAUGAAACUCACCAGGAGAGCCCUGAGGAAGACUCAGAGUCAAAACAAACCGCAGGAACCUGAGGAAAAAACAAAUAUUCAUGUGAACUACAUCGCGGGCGAUUGUUCUGUGAAUCUCAUUGAUAUCAAGCCGGAAAGUGUCCAGAUCUUCCAGGGGACUCAGGUAAAGGUGGAACGUCGGACAUCCCGGCGGUCUACGGAGAAGGCAGAUUCGCCAUUGCCGAAGAAAAAGCCCCUGAGGAGGAAUGCCAAAGAGGAAUCCAAGCCUCCUCCGGUGGUAGUAUCCCGGCCAGAAGGCACUCUACUCAGCCAGAGGCCACCCCGAAGGGUGAAGCCAACUGAGAAAAUCCUUGCCAAUAAACGCCUGAGGCGAGGUAUUCAGAUUCACAAUACCCGAGUGAAAGUCAACGAAGCUCUCUGGCGAGAACGCGAAAAUCUCGCCACAGCUCCAACUUCCACGCGUGACAGGAAGUCGUCGUCUCGGGAAAAGGUGUCAGAAGAGGCUCAAGAAGCCGAAUUGUCUCGCAAGGCUCAGCAUUUUGAGCAAUUGGGCCUCAAAACGACCAAUCCUCAGGCUGAAUGUGAGACAAAUCAGGAAAUUCCCGAUGACAAACCCAAUCCCGCGGCAAAUCCCACAAAUUCAAUGCUGUGCCUCUGCCAGGAGGACACUAGAUUCUAUCCACAUCCCCAGGGAGACAUUCUCUUCUGCAAUGCAGUGGAUCAGUUUGAAUCGGAAUUUGUGGGAUGCUGCAAUCAAGUGGAUGAGAAUAUCUGCAUCCGGAGACCCAGUACCCGAGCCUGCUUCAUGGUACUCUGCGACAGUCACAGGAAACGCCUCCUAAAUCACAAUUGCUGCUCAGGAUGUGGCAUUUUCUGCAGCCAGGGCAGUGUUCUGCUCUGUCCCAGGAAGCACUUCUUCCACAGGGAUUGUGUCCUGGAGGAGGGCAGGAAGGGGAGCCAAGUGAUGUGUCUGCAUUGUGGGGAACUCACAAGGGCACAGGAAGUGAGGAUUGAAUUGAAGUGCGACAACCGGAUUGUCUUCUAUCCCAGCCAAAAAACCUUCAUGAGAUGCACAAAAGUUCCAUUGACAAUUGCCGUGAGUGACAUUCAGAACUCUUUGGAAGAGUCUGUUAGUGAGAGUGGAAGAUCAAUUCCUGAUCAUAUCAUGAAUAUUCUCAUAAAAGCAUCUCAGCAGGCCAACAAUACUGCCAUUCCGGAAGCUCUGAGUGCAAAGAAUCUUCAUGCAGCUAUCAAGAAUGAUGAUAUAGAUCGCGUGGCUGAGUUCAUUGUGCAGGGUUUCGAUUUUACAGCUCCUAGCCAGGAAUUUGGUUUCGGAACAUGUCUGCAUUUUGUCUGUCACUGUGGCAGUUUGGACAUGGCUCAGUUGAUCCUCUGUCGAUUCUCUGCGCCUGAAUUUAUCGAUAUGCUGGACAAGGAGUUCCAGACGGCCGUUAUGUGUGCAGUGAGUGGCAAUAAGACUGACAUUCUGGGAUUGUUGCUGCAGUAUGGGGCUAAGAUUACCCAAAAGGGAUCCGAUGGGAUGACAGCUUUGCAUCUGGCGGCAAAGACUGGCAAUAUCCGGGCCACGAAGAUUCUUCUGGAGUGGUACAAGAAGAAGGUGGACGGGAAGAGAUUUAUGGAUUUUCUCAAUGAUGUGGACAAUGGGAAUUGGACAGCUCUGGUUUGGGCAGCAGAAUUGGGCCAUGUGAACAUUGAGAGUUAUCUGGUGGGCUUGGGAGCUGAUGCUACCAUCUGUGACUUUGAGAAUAAUACAGCUCUGCAUUGGGCAGCUCUGUCGAAUAAAAUAGCCGCUCUGCUGCCACUUCUGCAGACAAAUGCCAAUCUCAAUCAUCAGAAUGUCAAUGGGGACACUCCACUUCACAUUGCCUGCCGACAUCUCAAUACCCAGAUGUGCCUGAUGCUUCUGGCCAAUGGAUCGGAUGUCCAUGUGAAGAAUUUCACCGAGGAAACGGCAAUUGGAUGCAUUCCGGACACCAAAAGUCAAUGUGCUCGCAUUAUGCAGUUCAAUGUUCUAAUGCAGGCCCGGAAUUCGUCUCCUGUGAGUCAGAUUGUCUGUCCGGAUGUCACAAAUGGCCGGGAAAGUAUUCCCAUUCCCAUGGUUAAGAUUGUCCGACGGAAUGUCCUACGACGAUCCGAAGAGAUUCUCUGGGACGUUUCCAAGCCCAAUUUCAAGUACAUCACGAAGCCAGUUGUAGUGGAGGAACUUGUGCAAAUGGACAAUCGCCUGGCCAGGAUGGAAGUUUGCGAUUGCGGGGAUAAUUGCACGACAAAUCUUUGCAGGUGCAUCAGGAAAUCUAGUCAGAACUGCUACACUCUCGAAGGAAGGCUCAGCAGCGAUUUCAACUUUGCCGAACCAUCCAUUAUUUUUGAAUGCAACGACGUUUGCGGAUGCAACAAAAUUCUCUGCAAGAAUCGCGUGGUUCAGAAUGGUAUUCGAGUACCAAUGGAGGUGUUCAAUGUUGUGGGAGAUAAAAAGGAAUGGGGCGUCAGGAGUCUCAAGGAGAUUCCUAAAGGGACUUUUAUUGCUGAAUACAUUGGAGAGGUGUUGAGCAAUGUUGAGGCCGAUCGAAGACCUGUGGAUAGUUACUUUUUUGGCUUUGACAUGUCUGAGUACUGCAUCGAUGCGAAUUUCUAUGGGAAUGUUAGCAGAUUCUUCAAUCACUCCUGCAAUCCCAACAUGAUUCCAAUUCGUGUUUAUUUUGACCAUCACGAUUUGAGAUUCCCGAAAAUUGCCUUCUUCUCCACGAGGAAUAUUGCUCCAAAAGAGGAAUUAACAUUUGACUAUGGGAAAAAUUUCUGGAAAGUUAAGCAGCGAUACUUUAACUGUUUCUGCAGCAUGCCCGAAUGUCGAUACAGGAUGAAGCUGUCCUCGCCAAUAAAUUCCGACUGAAGCCUCAAAGGUACAAUAACUUGUGUGAGAUGAUGGCGACACCAAGGAGGAUGCGAACAAUGGGAGAUGUACAUUUUGAGGAAGAGGAUGGAGAAGAAGAAAAAAUGGCAGUAUUCAAUGGGGAUUAGAGGAAGAAGAGUGUUGUGUUUGGAAAAAUAUGGGAAGAGAAUGGGAGUGAAAGGCUGCCAACCCCUUUUAAGGCUUCACCCAGGAGACUGCUGAAGCGACUGAGAGUCGCCUCAGAUCACUGACCAUUUGCUGGGAAGUUCCUUCACUUUGCAUUUUAUCACAAAAUCCUCCAUCUGUGAGGUGUUUUCAAUUCCGGGAUUUUGCCACUCUCUCCCGAUUCAAGAAAAUUUUUGUCCAAAUUGGGAAAAGAAUUGAUCUUUUCAAGAAAGAAAAAAAAGAAACUUCUCCCAAUUGACGACGCGACGGUUGAAUCAACAGCAAUCGUAAGUGUAAUAAUUUUCACGAUUUUAUUGAGUUCAUUUAAAAAUGGUACCAGGAAGAAGUUGUUUGUUGGAGAGAGAGAGAGAGAGAGAGAAAGAAAACGAGCAAAGUAUCAUGCAAAUUGACUUCUCGAUAGAUUUUUUUGAUAGCAUUGCUUUAGCAUACAGCAAUGAUUGCUGUAGCAAAAGAAGAGAAUAUUUGCCAAUAGAACACUUCGAUGAGGUCAAUUUAUCUUCGAGAUGUGCUUAGGAAAAGAGAACUUCAAAUGAGAAUAUUGAGGAUAUAUAUUUAUUUCACUGUGUUAUUUGUUGUAUCAUUAGAUCUUCCGAGAGAGUUUUGUGCAACAUUUAUUUCUUACCAUUAAUUCAUGGAACACUCUCCAUUGGGGUACCAUACAAGACCUCAAGACAAGACUAAUAUAUUUGUGUUCUUGCAAUUUUCCCUGCAAAACAUUUAACACUGCGAAAGGUCUUUCUUUUUCUUCACUUAAUUCAUUUUAUCAGUUAGUUGGAUCUUCUUUUAAAAAACGAAGCAAUAAAAUAUCAAACUCGAAAUAAGAAAUUAA